GGGUCCCGCGGGUGGAAGGAGAAGAGGUCAUGUGACCCAUCAGUACUAAUUGACAGCCGCUCCUCUCGUUGCUGUCACUGCUCGCGCACUGCGGCCGCGAGACUGGAAACCAACACGAACGAAAGAGACACCUGAGGCACCGAAGAGUCCACUUACACCAAAACUCAAGCUUAGAAGCCGCAUAUCACAAUUUACCCAUCAAAUAGGAGAAUAUAACGCUUGAACGGUUGAAAAUGAUGAAUCAGAUCGAGCUUUCGGUUCCAUAUGAUAAUGGAUAUGAACCGGACGAUUACAUGAUGCAGGAUGAAGAAUGGGACCGGGAUUUACUGCUGGAUCCAGCAUGGGAAAAGCAGCAACGGAAGACGUUCACGGCCUGGUGCAACUCUCACCUGAGGAAAGCUGGGACACAGAUUGAGAACAUAGAGGAAGACUUCAGGAAUGGCCUCAAACUAAUGCUGUUGCUUGAAGUCAUAUCAGGUGAGAGGUUACCCAAGCCUGACAGAGGAAAGAUGCGUUUUCACAAGAUAGCCAAUGUCAACAAAGCCCUUGAUUUCAUCACCAGUAAAGGAGUGAAACUGGUCUCCAUUGGAGCUGAAGAAAUUGUGGAUGGGAAUGUGAAAAUGACUCUUGGAAUGAUCUGGACCAUCAUCCUUCGCUUCGCCAUUCAGGAUAUCUCUGUUGAAGAAACUUCGGCCAAAGAAGGACUUCUGCUGUGGUGUCAGAGGAAGACUGCUCCCUACAGGAAUGUCAAUAUUCAAAACUUUCAUGUCAGCUGGAAGGAUGGAUUAGCGCUGUGCGCUCUCAUCCACAGGCACAGGCCUGACCUCAUUGACUACGCCAAACUCAACAAGGAUGAUCCACUGGGUAAUCUGAAUUUGGCAUUUGACAUUGCUGAAAAACAUCUGGACAUCCCCAAAAUGCUGGAUGCAGAGGACAUCCUGAACACCCCCAAGCCUGAUGAGAGAGCAAUUAUGACAUAUGUGUCCUGCUUCUACCAUGCCUUUGCUGGAGCUGAACAGGCUGAAACCGCUGCUAACAGGAUCUGUAAGGUGCUGGGAGUGAAUCAGGAAAAUGAGAAGUUGAUGGAGGAUUAUGAAAGACUGGCUAGUGAGCUGCUGGAGUGGAUCAGACGUACCAUUCCCUGGCUCGAGAAUCGUGUGCCGGAGAAGACCAUGUCAGAGAUGCAGCGGAAGCUGGAGGAUUUCCGAGAUUACCGCAGGAUGCACAAACCUCCCAAAGUGCAGGAGAAGUGUCAAUUGGAAAUCAGCUUCAACACUCUUCAGACUAAACUCCGCAUUAGCAACCGGCCUGCGUUUAUGCCCUCUGAGGGCAAGAUGGUUUCAGACAUAGCAAGUGCGUGGCAGGGGCUGGACCAGGCAGAGAAGGGCUAUGAGGAAUGGCUGCUGACGGAGAUCAGGAGACUGGAAAGACUGGACCAUCUAGCAGAGAAAUUCAGGCAGAAAGCUACCAACCAUGAGACCUGGGCUGCAGGUAAGGAGGAGAUGUUGACCCGGAAGGACUACGAGUCAGCAUCUUUAAUGGAAGUCCGAGCUUUGCUGAGGAAACACGAGGCAUUUGAGAGUGACCUUUCCGCCCACCAGGACAGAGUUGAGCAGAUUGCUGCUAUUGCUCAGGAGCUCAAUGAGCUGGACUAUCAUGAUGUUGCAUCAGUGAAUCAAAAGUGUCAAAGUAUUUGUGACCUCUGGGACCAACUGGGUACACUCACUCAGAAACGCAGAGAGUCUUUGGAGAGGACUGAGAAACUUUUGGAGACGGUGGAGCAGUUGUUUCUGGAAUACGCAAAGAGAUCUGCACCCUUUAAUAACUGGAUGGAGGGAGCCAUGGAAGACUUACAGGAUAUGUUCAUAGUGCACACCAUUGAAGAGGUCCAGACUCUGAUAGCUGCUCACGAGCAGUUUAAGGCCACACUUCCUGAGGCAGAUGCAGAAAGGCAGGCGAUCCUUGGCAUACAGCAGGAAGUCCUGAAGAUCUCCCAGAAUUACGGCAUUCGUGGAGACCUCACCAACCCCUACAGCACCAUAACUACAGAAGAGAUUGCCAUCAAGUGGGACAAGGUGAAGAAGCUGGUUCCCCAGCGUGACAGUGCACUGCAGGAGGAGUUAGCGCAACAGCAUGCCAACGAAAGGCUCAGACGCCAGUUUGCUGCCCAAGCCAACCUCAUCGGACCCUGGAUACAGGCCAGGAUGGAGGAAAUUGGUCAUUGUUCUAUGGCGACGGGUGGGACUUUGGAGGAUCAGAUGACCCAGCUGAAGCAGUAUGAGCAUGUGAUCGUCAGCUAUAAACCCAACAUAGACAGACUGGAGGGAGAUCACCAACUCAUCCAGGAGUCACUUAUCUUUGACAACAAACAUACUAACUACACUAUGGAGCAUAUUCGUGUUGGCUGGGAGCUCCUUUUGACUACGAUCGCUCGCACUAUUAAUGAAAUUGAGACUCAAAUUCUGACACGUGAUGCAAAAGGCAUCAGCCAGGAGCAGAUGAUUGAAUUCCGAUCCUCUUUCAACCACUUUGAUCGGGUGCUGUACUCAGACUUUAUGAACUCGUAACUACUCGCUUGUUUCCUUGUUGAAUGGAUGCUAUACUAAUCAUCAUUAAACCAUACCAACUAAACUAAACCCUUCUCCACUUUGACUGAGCAUUAUACAUACAUAUGUAAGUCUCUUUUAUUUCAGCUGAGACAUAUUAAUUUCAUAUUUGCUUUGUGUUAUGUCUUGCCUUCACUUCUUCAGAGGCAUCACAGUGCAAGAGUGGUAAUUAUCUUUCCAUUCAUUUAGUGGAACAAAUUUAGCUUGACAUGAGAGAUCAUUUGCAGUAUUUAGUAUGUCUAAAAUCAGAUGUGAAAUAGAUGCAAUUUGUGCUAAAAUCAGAGUUAAAUGGCACUAAUUUGAUGAAUAUAGCACUUCUAGUUUUAUAAUUUCUGCUCACAUUCUGUGCAUGUUUUUGUUUGUUGUGGGUACUUGCUCUCGGGAGGAGAGGGGUAAACUCAGGACUGAUGAGUUUAAAGCAUGCCUGAUCAGCUUUGGGCAUUUAGGAAGUGACAAACAGGUGCUGUCUCUUUCCCUACUCCACAUUGCUUCAUUAUUCCAACCAUG